GGCAGUCAGCGGCGAGACUGCGCGGAGCAUGGCGGCCGCGGGAGCGACGCUCUGCCUGGUUGGCACACUGCUGCUGUUACAGAGCGCUCUGCAGGACUCCCCGGGCACCAGGCACUCACGGCAAGUGUUGACGCACGACUGGCCACACCAGACCUACCGACAGCCCUACCACCGCCACGGACAGACUGCCGACUGGCCUGUCCGAAGGUACGCCGCACCGCCCGACUGGCAGACCAGGAGACGAUGGCCGCCGCGGACGGUGUUGUUGCCCGUGCCGGACUACUCACAGAGACACAUCCUGGGUGACAACCCAUCGGAGACCAUAGCGACCAUCUCAGAGACGCUGGGCGCCAUAAACACGGUGGGCCGCUACCUGGUGAACAUGACGCGGGCGGGGCGACUGGAGCCCGAUGCGGAUCGCUUGGACGCCAGUGAUCCGGUGGUGGGAGAGGACCUCUCUGGCGCCAUCUACACCAUCAGCAAGAACGUGCUGGGUCGCAAUGUGACCGACACCAUCGCACCCAUUGUGCGCGAGGUCACCUUCAACACGGGCAAGGUUGUUCUAGAUGGCGGCGGGACUAUUGGUGGAGGCGCCGGGUUAGGAAAUGCUGGGCGGAGCUGCAGCACUCCCAGGGGCGACCCGGGCCUCUGUGACGACCUCAGCAACUGUCCGCAGCUACUGUUCGACCUCGCCAACCUGCGCCAGUCCAUCUGCUUCAAGAGCUUGUUCGUGCCGGGGGUGUGCUGCCCCAAGACCGGGGACACCACGUCCUCAGAGACGCCCGCCACGACCACCAGAGCGCCCGUGGUGCUGACCGCGCGUCCCUCCACCACCAGGAGACCACCGCCUGUCCUGCUCACCACGAGCACGAGACAGCCUCCCACAGAGCUGCCUGAAGACUGUGGACAGCCCGAGGUGCCAGGGUUCAGAGUGGUGGGCGGCGAGGAGUCCCUGCCGGGUCGCUGGCCGUGGAUGGCGGCCAUCUUCCUGCACGGUCCCAAGAGGACCGAGUUCUGGUGCGGUGGCUCUCUUAUCUCCAAGCGCCACGUGCUCACUGCUGCGCACUGCACCCGGGACUCGCACCAGCGCCCGUUCGGCGCGAAGCAGUUCACGGUGCGACUGGGCGAUGUGGACCUCAGCAGGGACGACGAGCCCUCAGCGCCGCAGACCUUCCAUGUGCUGGAGGUGCGCGCGCACCCCAACUUCAGUCGCGUCGGCUUCUACAACGACAUCGCGGUGCUGGUGCUGGACCGGCCCGCACGCCACUCGCGCUACGUCAUCCCCGUGUGCCUGCCGCCCGCCCCGCUGUUGCACGAGCGCUUCGUGGGGCAGCGGCCCACCGUCGUCGGCUGGGGCACCACCUACUACGGUGGCAAGGAGAGCACGGUGCAGCGCCAGGCAGAGCUGCCAGUGUGGAGGAAUGAGGACUGCGACAGGACGUACUUCCAACCCAUCACUGGCAACUUCAUCUGCGCCGGCUACCCUUCCGGGGGCAAGGAUGCUUGCCAGGGCGACUCCGGCGGCCCGCUCAUGCUCAAGAGAGACGCCUCCUGGCUGCAGAUCGGCGUCGUGUCCUUCGGCAACAAGUGCGGCGAGCCAGGCUACCCGGGCGUGUACACCCGCGUCACCGAGUAUGUCAGCUGGAUCCGCGGCAACAUGCUGGAGUAGCCCGACGGCGCCGGUGCCAUGUUUGUUCUUGUGUUGGCGUCAAGCACGUGUGCGCGACGUAUCAGAGCAUGGGGUGGGCUGAGUUUGGUAACACUGUUUUCCCCCUUAGUGCUCAAUGUUAUUUUCCCUCAACAUUUAUAUAUACUUUAGUGAUCUUUAGUUUAAAUUAACUACUCCGGAUUUAUCCCCUUCCUUGCUACAAAAAUAAUCUGGGUCCUUCACAUCGCUUCUUUUGCAUUGUUCACCAUUACUUAAAAUACUCUGCAUUGCUUGUCAUUCAGUUUCAUGAAAAGUUGAAAAACACUUUAUUGAAAGUAGUCGCAGGAAGAAAUAGCAACGGUUCAGAUCCCUCGCCCCAGAAUACAAGAAACAAGAAGCUUUCCUACUGGAGACACUCACUACUGUUCUCGCCUUGUGUAGCGAAUCAAGAGGUGCUGAUACACUCUGCACAGAAACUCAGAAGUAAAAGAUAAGCCUUUAACUCUAGCCACAACCAAUCAGAAAGCACUCUAUAGCUUUGACACCAAGUUAACAAAUCGCAGCUACGGUGUUUCAGUUGCUUGAGGAUAUGGAAACAUACAAAACACCAGUAUAGACAUGUGAAAAAGUAACACAUUCUUUUCUUAGUACUGGAAAUAACAAAUAAGCAUGACUAGAACUGACUUAUCAUGAAAGUUAAGAGGACGGCUUAAGCUAAGCAGCCGCAUGGCACAAUGAUUUGUAAAGCUUACCAGAGCAAAAAAGAGGUGUAAUCGGGCACAGGCGAACACGAGCCGAUGUAUUCAUCUAACAAGUAAUAACAUGACUAGUACAUGCCAACUAUAGCUUAUCACAGUUGCAGUUACCGGUCGUGCAUGCCACAAGGGAGAUCACGCCCGUGAACCAAUAUAAGAUGACACUAAUUAAGGCUGAAGGGGAAAAUGGAAUACUGAAACAACAAAGUGUUGACCCUCCAUAUAUACUGAAGGAGAGGCAGCAAGUGUUGAUCCUAACCUAGAGUAUUUUUAGAAUUAAAUGAAAAUAACCAAUUAUUAAAAUUAUUAAAUUUUGCUCUUACGAUUAAAAUCUCUACGAAUUAUAACUGUAAGCUGUCGUAGUGUUCCCAACCAGAUUAUGAAGGGAUGUCGAUUGGGUAACAUAAAGAAAAACGAAUAAAAUUAAUUAAAAUAAUUUAGGCAUCAAAGUUAUAACUAUCUUCAGUUGACUAGUAAAGUUUUGUACUCUAACUCCCAUUUAACACUUACUACCAUGCAGCCGCGCGCUACCAUGCAGCCACUCUCUACCCGGCAGCCGCGCACUACUAGGUCUCGGCUUCGCGCGCUACCCGGGACACACUAGUAGUGGUGGUGACACUAUUUGAGGGGAGGACACUGGUGGAGGGGGGAGACACUAUUAGAGGGGUAGACACUAGAGGAGGGGAACACACUAGAGGAGGGGGAACACACUAGUGGAGGGGAGACACCAAUGGAAGGGGAGACACUAGAGGAGGGGGGAGGCACUAAUAGAGGGGAGACACUAUAGGAGGGGGGACACACUAGUGGAGGGGAGACACUAUAGGAGGGGGGACACACUAGUGGAGGGGAGACACUAUAGGAGGGGGGACACACUAGUGGAGGGGAGACACUGGAGGAGGGGAGAUACCAAUGGAAGGGGAGACACCAGUGGAUGGAGAGACACUAGUGGAUGGAGAGACAUUGGAAUGUCUGUCUCGAGGCUCGGCGCGCAGUUCAAACACGACGCUGUUGCUUAUUCACCGCCAGCUUAAAAUAAUGUCAAAAUACGGUAGGACUGCGAAAAAAAAUUAUUUAUGUGCAACAAACAAAUUAUAUCUCAAAUGAAAGUUAACCAUAUCAGCAUGUGUAUGUUACUCUUUAAUCUAUGGACCCUCAUUGAUUAAAUAGAAAAAAAAUAUUUUGCUUAGCAAUAAAAAAUUAAGUAAUAUGUGCUGAAUACAGAGUUUUCCCUAGUAUUUAACCUGUGUAACACAAUACAAAUUAUGCAUUUUUUAUAUUAUCAUAGUGUAUAUUUUCAUAUAAAAUGACAAGGUACAUGCCAAUGUAUUUAUAUGAAUGAACAAUGUUUUUGUAUUUAUUGGUAUUUAUUUUUUAAUAUCAAUAUGUACGGUUGUGUAGGUAAUAUAUACCAGUACCAUGUUUAUUUCACUUGUCCAGUAUUAUUUUGUACUUACGUUAUAUGAUAAAACAAUUUUUUUUAGAAUAAAGAAUAAGUGUGUAG